CCUGCGAGAUCCCGUAGAAAACGGCCGGGCGCGGCAGGAGAGGCCGCCACGCACGCCGGGGCCCGGGGUGCAUCACGUGCCGGUGACCACCAGUCCACCAGCCACAGCCCACACCGUCCUGAUCCUCAUCCGGGUCAUCGCCUCGCUCGCUGCGCCGGGACCGGGACGGGCCGUGUCCGUGUGUGUACGCUGGCGCCUGGCGGGAUAUAAAGGCGGCCCCGCGCCCACCGCUUCUUCCUCCCUCUUUCACUUCUCCGAAUCCCCAGGCAGGCAGGUCGGCGAAGAGGGCAGGUGAGGCAGCAAGGCCGAGCCGCGCGGGGGCUCGGGACGGGACAGGCAGAGGAGACCUACAGAAUCCCAGAUCCUUCCUGCCCGCCCGUGCCCGUCGGCGCGUCGUUCUUGCCGGCCGCGCCCGACCUCCGGCUCCUCCUCCAGGGGAAUCGGAUACACAACAAGCUGCAGGAUGGUGCUGUGGGUCUUCGGCUACGGGUCCCUGAUCUGGAACCCCGGCUUCGACUUCGACGACAGAAUCCUCGGCUUUAUCAAGGGCUACAAGCGCACGUUUAAUCUCGCUUGCAUUGACCACAGAGGCACACCGGAGCAUCCGGCGAGGACCUGCACUCUUGAAACGGAUGACGAGGCCAUAUGCUGGGGAAUUGCAUAUUGUGUCAAGGGUGGCCCAGAAAAAGAGCGAAAAGCAAUGCAGUACUUGGAGAGAAGAGAGUGUGAGUAUGACCUGAAGAUAUCCAUUGAUUUCUACAAGGAAGGAGAUCCCCUGAAACCAGCUGUGACGGGUGUCUUAGUUUUUGUGUCUACUCCAGAUCCAAUUGGCAACAAGUACUAUCUUGGCCCUGCUCCUUUGCAGGAUAUGGCAAAGCAAAUUGCUACAGCCAAUGGCCCUACUGGCUAUAAUAGGGAUUACCUGUUCUCAAUGGAGAAGGCAUUAGCCAGCAUAAGCCACGAAGAUGAGUCAAUCAUAGAGCUUGCAAACGAGGUGAGGAAGGUGCUCAACAAAACAAAGGAGACCAAGAUCACUGGUGCCAAUGCUUCCCUCAAAUCUCAUGCCCCUCUUGUGCACCUGUCUGCGCUUCCAGAAGGCACCGUUGUGGACUCGAGAUAGCAAGAGCCUUGGACGCUCGACCUCUACUACCCGGAAUUUACUUUCAGCUCUUGCAUGUUUGUGCCCAUCCUGUACUGAAUUUCCCUUCUCAAUGGUUGAUGUGAGGCUGUAUCUUCCAGAGUGAAAAACGCUAAAGCCGGCACUAAUAAUGAUAUUAAUUUUAACAUGGAGGCCAUGUUGUCACUUAAA